UCACGCGUGUGACACUGACAUGGCGGAUUUUCCUACCCAACACUAGAAUGCAUCACAACCCGAGAAGAGUUAGCGUUCCAGCUGGAGCAAGUAAGCUACUGUCACUCGGAGACAUCUUUCCCGACGGUGUUUCGGUCGCUCAAAACAAGGUGAGCUUUUGCCAUGACGACUUUGGAUGACAAGAUCCUAGGAGAGAAGCUGCAGUACUACUAUAGCAGCAGUGAGGACGAAGGCAGUGAUAACGACGAUGACGAAGGGGAAAGGAAGACCAUCCACGACGCAGCAGUGACUGAGCCGGAGUUAGACUACAGUCUUGAUGGCAGUGCGGUCAACACGGGUCCAAAGGGUGUGAUCAAUGACUGGAGAAAGUACAAGCAGCUGGAGGUGGAGCAGAAGCAGGAGCAGAAGAACGAGAUGGAACGACUGAUCAAGAAGCUGUCUAUGACCUGCCGCUCUGACCUGGACCUGGAAAAAGACAAGGAGAAGCAGAAGGAGCUGCAGGACAAAAUCAAAGGCAAAAUGACCAUGCAGGAGUACAACAUGCUGCAGCAGGGAAAAGACGACGAGGACUUCCUCCAGCAUUACCGCAUGCAGCGCAUCGAGGAGAUGCGACGGCAGCUGUGCCGAGGCAAGCGCUUCGAACGUGUCCACGAGCUUACGAGCGGAGAGGACUUUCUGGAGGCCUUGGACAAGGAAGACAAAAGCACGCUGGUCAUGAUUCACAUCUACGAGCCCGACGUGCCGGGCUGUGAGGCCAUGCGGGGCAGCCUGAUGUGCUUGGCUCAGGAGUAUCCUCUGGUGAAGUUCUGCAGCGUGCGCAGCUCCGCCAUCAGCACCAGUGCACUCUUCCGAGACAGCGCUCUGCCUGCCCUGCUGGUGUACAAAGGGGGAGAUCUGAUCGGCAACUUUGUGAGGCUGACAGACCAGCUGGGAGAGGAUUUCUUCGCCGUGGACGUGGAGGCGCUGCUGCAAGAGUACGGCAUGUUGCCCGAAAAGUCCCCACUCGUCGCAAAGACGGUUCGCAAUGGAGCCAUCAUGCAGAGCCAUCAGAGUGAUGACGACUCUGACCUCGACAUAGACUAGAACGGUAAUUGUCUUACUUUGUCGUACAUGCUUGGAAAACAUAUACACUUCCCCAAUGGACUCUUUUGAUCUAGUUUUUUCUACACAGUAUAAAUAUUUAAAAUAAAAUCACUCACUGGGCACUCAUCCUCCCACAUUUAAGUUUUCUGCUUGUUGCCAUGCUAAGUAAUUUAUGUGUUUUGUUUCAUGUCUAUUUAUUGUUAGGGUUUAAACAUAAGACGGAACCAUCUCAUCCCACGUAUGUUAUCCUUACAAUAUUUAAGUACAUCUAGAAUAGGAACCCUUUCACUUUGUUCUUAUUUUAAUAUGUGCUGCAAUGUUUCCGUUAUUGUCAAACAAUAAAUCAGUACCCUCCAA